CAUUCAGACUAGGUGCUCGAGGAUAUUAUCAUGAGCGUUGAUAACGUGGCGAGUCGCGAGCUUCAGUCAGCGACGCGAGUUCGCGCGGAGCGGUCGUGUUGCGUCAGUGCCGGUUGGACGCGCGCAGUUGUUGCGCUCGCGUACGCGCCGCAUUCCAUCGUGGGGGCCCUUCGCCGCCAUUGGCCGAUCCGCGUGACGUCAUCCUCGUAAUGAGGUAUUCAACAUGGCCGUGUAGCUAGUUCGCGAGUGUGCUUCGUUAUUCGUUUGAAUGGAUUUAAUCAGUGAAAUAUGCCAAGGAGACGAAACGGUGAGAUACCCUUGCCCGACGGAUGGGAUUACGCGAGGGACUUUGAUGGAAAACUGUAUUUCAUCGACCACAACAGUAGAAAAACGACGUGGAUCGACCCGCGGGACAGAUACACAAAGCCGCAGACGUUCGCAGACUGCAUUGGCAACGAGUUACCCUUGGGUUGGGAGGAGGCGUACGACCCUCAAAUUGGGCCGUAUUAUAUCAAUCAUGUCAAUCAGGUGACGCAGCUCGAAGACCCGCGGUUAGAAUGGCUCGGCAUUCAGGAAGCAAUGCUGAGGGACUACCUCCACACAGCGCAGGAGGCUCUAGAGGCGAAGCGGGAGAUGUACGAUGUGAAGAAGCAGAGGCUGUGUCUUGCGCAAGACGAGUACAAGCAUCUCAACAACGCGCUGUCUACCCUCGCCGCCUCGCGGACCAGCUUAUGCUCGUCAACAACAUCUGUGACGACGACGUCAACGACAUCGCGUCAUGACCCAGAACUCCUGCGUUCCGAGGUGACGCAGGCGCGGGGGAGGGUUGCUCAGCUGAGGAAGGAGUUGAGGCAAGCGAGGGCCGAAGUUGCCAGCGCAAGAAGAGGGGUUGACACCCUUGUUGAAGUCGAACAAAAGUUGAGCUCGCAACAGGGAUGUUACAACAUCACGGAAGCCCAGGCGAUAAUGACAGAGCUGAAGAACAUCCAGAAAUCUCUGACUUCGGGAGAGAAAGAAAGAGCGGACCUCAUGCAAUCGCUAGCGAAGCUAAAAGAUGAUUUGACGAGGCUACAACUAGCGGACACCUCCCCCGAUCUUUCUACAUUAAGUUUACCCCAAGAGAAGCUAAGCACUGCCUCCCAAACGGACCUUUGUGCGGACUUAGUCCCAAUCGGAACGAGAUUAGCAGAAAUGGCGCGGGUUCGCCUACAAUACGACGAUGCUAGAAAAAGGAUACAACAAAUCCAGCAGCAGUUAGCAGACUUGGAGGACAAAGUCCAACCAGGACAAGCGGAAUCUGAUAAAGAUCGACUUUUACUAUUCCAAGAAAAGGAACAACUGUUAAGAGAACUUAGGAGUAAAACUCCCAGAACUAGAUCGAAACAAGAGAUGAAUGAUAUACAAACCGAAUGCAAAAGAUUAGAGCAGGACUUGAAAAAUGCAUUCGAAAUGUCCAAUAAGUGUAUAGCAGAUAGAUUGAGGCUACAUGAGGAGAAACAAUUGUUGUUGCAACAGUUGAAAGACGCGUUGACAUCAAUGACGACGUUAGAAGGGCAGCUAAAGACGCUGUCAGCAUCUACUUUAUCUGUGUCAAGUAGUUCAAGCUUGGGGUCCCUUUCUACGGCAAGUAGUAAAGGAUCUUUAAGUUCAGGAAUAAGCUUUACUGACAUCUACGGCGGGCCGCAGAUAGCCAGUACAUUUCAAGCGGAUAAACCUAUUGAUAUGGUGGACCUUCAUAGACGAGUUGAAAGGUUACUACGUGGAUCUAGUUUCAAUGCAGAUAGUGCGACGCCCGGCGCGAGUAGUUCCCCAUCGCAACCGUCUCUAUCCCCGAGGAGUAGUUUAUCAUCAUCUAGUCCACCACCACCGCCACCUUCUUAUAAUCAGGUGGAAAGACAAAGGCGACAACAAAGAGAAUUAGAAGAGAAGCUAGCAGAAAUGAGGAUAGGAGUUGCGACAGGACUGAAUGAAAUCACUGGACUUUCAACCAUCCCCGUCCAACUGCAAGGUCCCGGACGGCCGUGCGAGCCUUUAUCUCCCAUAUCUGAGACUCCGCCACCACCGCUUUCACCGAGAACUCCCUCAUCUAGUGGCACUAAUACUAGAUCGGUGUCGGCAGCAGUCAGCGACGAGUCGGUGGCGGGAGACUCAGGCGUGUUCGAAGCCGCGCAAGGCGGGGACGCCUCUAACGCUGUGAACAGUGCACAAAUUGAGAUCAAAUUGCGUUACUGUUCCGACGAGAGUGCGCUUGAGAUCGGCAUCCUGAGGGCGCGGAAUCUUCAUGCGUUGUACAUUGAUAUGGAAACUGAAGUGGCAGUCCGCGGGGCGCUAGUAGUCGGUGGUGGUGGUGGUAUCGCCUUCAGCACCACUGCGAUAGCGUGGCGAGGGACCACUCUGCUAUGGAGAAAGACUCAAAGGGCUUCUUUGGGUCCAAGGGCUUUGAGAGCCGCUACCUUACAACUGAAUUUAGCGGCCGGUGCCGAGUGUUUGGGUUGUACGCAAGUCAGUUUGGCUGACUUCGACCCGGAGAAUGUGUCUCAGAAGUGGUACAACGUGCUGAGUUUCAGAAGUAUGAGAAGGGAUGAAAGUUCUGAUGAGUCUACCGUUAUAUCUUCGCAGACGUCUACUCUCACUAGGAAUAGAGGUCCAGAGAGUAUGACGGGUGCGGAGUGCAACGUUGACUGUGGAGACAAUUCUGCUUCGGAAGACGAGGAAUCUAGAGAACCCCUAAAUCAGAUAGUAGAAGAAGACUCUUUCGAAGAUUACAUUCCUGAAGAGGACAUAACUCUAGAAGACGAGUACCUCCACCCUCCCACGGCGGAGAAGGAAACCAACACAGAGUGCAACUUCUGUCCAGAAGGAAGACAGUUACAUAGAAGGAAAAGUCAACAAGUUAGCUCAAACCCCGAAGAGUCGCUGGCGACUAUAAAACGAUCUCAGACAUUCUCACCGCAACCUCAGAGCAUCGGGAAGGGGCAAUACAUUUGCAGACUAAAUCGUUCGGAGUCCGACUCAUCAAUGGCGCAGUAUGCUCGCAGGGUCACCCUGCAACCUCCCCCAGUGGGCAUCCCCUUCGACAGGAGCGUGCGAGAGAGGAGGUCUUUGAGGUGGGGUCGCAGCAGAGGAGGCGCGGCACGACGAGCUACCACCACUCGCUCCAAGUCGGCGCGCACGUCGCUCGACCUGUCGCUCGACCUGCGCGCACAACACACGCGACUGGCCGACCUGAGGCAGGAGAUCUCCCACCUCACGCAGCUCAAAAAGAGAUUAGAAGAGGCCUGCGCCCGAGGCGACCCCGCCGUAGCAGCGUGGGUGGCAGAAGACGAGACCCUCAGGAGACUCAUCUCAGCGCCGGCCGAGUCCGGGGACCGCGUCUCCAGGCUGUUCCACCGCACGUGCCGCGAGAUCUACCGCCUCAGGAAGUCCAGGCAGGGGGGCAGGAAACCGGACCUGGUCACCUUCAAAGAAAAGAUGGCAUUCUUCACCCGCCAAAAAUCCACAAUGUCACUACCCGAUGAAGAAGGAGACCUGUCUGAAGACGAUUGGGAAGAGUUGGAAGAGAGACGCACUCCAGACGGCCGUUCCUCCAAAACCUCGUACGAGCUCCGUAACCCUGGAACAAGUAGCCAGGAACCGACGUUGAUAGAAUGCAAAAACCCAUGUAUCCCGGAACCGUGCUAUGAGAACUUGCCCGUGAAGAAAGAAGAAGAAGAUGCAGAGAAGACUGACGAUGUGAGGUAUGAUUUUGUGGUGGACAGAGUUCUGGGUGUUCAGGUUUAAGGGAUUUUGGUUGUUUUUGACUCGGCUGUGAUCGUGUUAGAAUUACUUAGAAAUUAUUUCUAAAAUUACAAAUAAAAUAUAUAGGUGAAAUUUGCAAAAAAACAUUUUUAGAUUUUUUAUUUUUUUUAUUUAAAUCUUGCCAAUAUUCAGGAUUUCGUCUAUUUAUCCCGCACCUCUGCGGAAUUCGAAGGAAGGCGUCAUAGAAAUUGAUAUGUGUACCAAAGUUCUACUUUACUGUAAAUAUUAUAGAAAUUAAUGUUUUUUAAAGUUAAUAUGGUAAACAAACUCAAAAUACAAAUUGCUUAAAAGUAUAAAAAUAAUUAAAAAAAAAAUUGCAACACUUACAGAAUCCUUACAUUUUGAUAAUAGGUAUAGCUUAUGGCUUUUGAGCUCAGUAAUAUAUUUUUCAAACUUAUAGAAUGAUGUUAUUUUGCAAUACAUUGGCAAUACAUGCUUUCUUUGCCAAAAUAUUGUACAGACACGGAAAAAUUUAAUUAUUCGAAAUAUCACAGCCGAGUCAAAACAUUAAAGUCUUUUAACCAAAUGUUUGGUAUCUGUUUAAGAUUAAAUGUAGAGUCAGCAAUAUCAUAGGAACAUAUCCCCGGCUUACAUAUAAGUGAGGUUUUAUUCUUAAACAAAAUUGUCUAGUAUGAAUUAUUUAUAAAAUAAUUUAUUCUAAAUCAUAACCUAGGCCACGAUAUAUUUUAAAUGACUAAUUAAAAAUAAAAUCGAAAAGAAGGAUGAAUAAUAUUUUUUAAUUAUCUAAUUUAAAGUAAUUUUUAGCAUUAAAUAUAUGUAUAUGUACAUAAUAAAAACAAUUUUACAUUAUAUAAUAUAUUUUUCGUUUAACAUCAUAUUUGGUUAUUGAUAUUUAUGUUGAUCAGAAUUUAAAUAUUAACUCUAUUGAUAAACCAAUAGAAUAUUGCAUUUAUAUAUGUUUUUUAAAAUAUAUAAUGGCCUAGUUUAAUAUAAAUAUAUGGAUUAUAAAAAAGAACGGCACCAUAACUACAAUAAAAAAAGAAUGCACUUAUUCACUGUGAUCACCAUUGCCUUUGAGAUUUCUGGAGGAAGACUGAAAUUAUUAUACAAAAAAAUAUUAUAUAUUUGCAUAUAACACAAUAUAUUAUAUAAACUACAUAUAAUAUUCAAAAUAUGUACGUACGUGCAAACGUGGUGCCAUAUGAAAAUCAGUAGCUGAAAUUUGACAAUAUCGACAUGUUAUAUACUUUUUAUAUAUACAUAAUACAUAUGAAUACAGUGUGUCCAGUCUCGAGCCAGCAGUAAUUUAAGGACUUUAACUUGUUGUUCUAGCGAGCUUUAGUAUGUUCUAGAGAUUUCUCUAAAUCUAUAAAUAUUGUCAAAAUUAAAAUAAAAAUUUUAAAAUGGGUUUUUUUAAAAAAAAAGGGGAAUAAAUCCUCUAUGUGGGUGCAUUUGUUGAAAAAUAUGUUUAUUGUAUUAUCGAUGUAGCUCAUGCCUGGAUACACUGUAAGGUAAUUUGUGGUGUUUAAGAAAAUGGGGAUAUUUUGGAAAUGCAUAUAAAACCGAUAUAUAUAUUACUGUUUUAUUCGUCUAAUUUUAGAUUAGUCUUUGCAAGUAGACGUGAACAAAAUAUACUAUUUCGGAAUUUUCCAUUUUCAUAAUCACCGCAAAUAAUCUCUUUAAUUAUUAUUAUUGUACAAAAUGUCGUGCCUUAAAAAAACGAUGCCUUAAUACCGGCCUUAAAAUGUGCCAUAAAGGCAAAUGGAACAUCGGGUGUACAAAAUAGUGUAUGAAAGUCACAAAAAAAUGCCAAACUUUUGUUUUUUUUUUAUAUAUAAUAGUGGAUUGUAAAUAGAUACGUAAGACCCACCGGUCUAGUUCGGUAUGUAUAAAAGUUGGUAUCCACCGAAUAAGUUUGAUAGGCCAAAAAUGAGCUUUGUAUAUAUGGGCACAGAGUCGAGUUUUAGUAUUGUGGGUCACAUUGUAUGGGAUAUAUUAUAGUUUUCUCUAAUAUUUCCAAAUGUUUUUUAAAUAGUAACUGUAUAUAUGAAUUAUUUUUAUUUGGCACCCCUGGAGACUAUCACAAUGCUUACACAAAAAUAUAUUGUUUUGUAUAGGUGUUAGAUAAAAAUAAUUUAGAUAUAUUAUCUAAAAUUUUGACAGUUUGCGAUAAUCGCUUAGGGUAUGUAUAGGGUGAUUUUUCGAGGCGGAUAUAGGAUGACAUUAUUACCAUUAAAAUAAGACUUUUUCAAUUAUCAAAGUAAUUUUGUUAAAUACUUUUUAACGAUGAAAGAAUUUAAAUACAAACUUUUUUCAAAAAUCUACAUUUUUAAUUAGACUUCUAGAGAACAGUUGUAUCUCAAAAAUUCACCCUAUAUAAACUUUAUAUAUUUUCCGCAAUACUUUUUUUAAAUAUGUUUAAUAACAGUUUAUUAAUUUUAUAUAAUGACAAAAAAUACGAUAAAAUUUAUUAUAUUAUGUGACAUAAUUUUUUCUAUUAAAUACCUUCGCUUUAGAAUUGAAAACUGUGGCUCAUAUCUGCCAAAUAUAUUCAUUCCUAGUGAAUCAAUCUUGAUAAAAUUUUAUCCAAGUUUUGGAUAAUUUGAUAUCUCUAUCACACUAGUAAAGUGUGACAGAGCCAGUAUGGUUGACCAACUGUUUGAUGUUUGAUCUAAUUGGAAAAUUUCUUGUGCAAAGACUAAAGGAAAAGGGUAGAAGGAACGAUGCUGAAAUCAAAAGUUAUAAUGGUUAAACUUCGCCUACGGAUGUAUGAUGUACUGGUGAUGAGUCCGUAGUCGGCUAUGAAAUGUUGUCAUUCUCGUUUUACUAAUAUUUUUUUAAAUUUGAAAAAUUGGAGCAGCGUGGUGUUUUCAAGCUCUAAAACUCUCUCCUAUAGGAGAAAGGCAGCCUGUUCCCUGUAGUGGGCCAUUAAAAUAGUCUGAUGAUGAUAAUAAAUAUUGUCUGCUUAAUUUGCUAAGUCGAGCGUUUAAAACAAUGGGUUUGUAAAUGUUCUAUCUAUUUCCUUUAGUCUGUGACGCAAUAUUUAUUCACUGUAAUUCCAUAAUAUUGUAAAAUUGUGUAACUAUGAUCUGAAUUGUACUGAUAGUGUACAUCUCAAUAAUAGGACCUCGUACGUAAGGAUAUUAUGUGAAUUGUAAUUGUAAUUGUAAAAAGUAUGGCCGCUGAAAGAAUGCUUUUCUGACAGAUCUUAUUAUUGUACAUUGUGAACAAUGUAACUUUGAAAUGACGUUUAUUUAAUGUAAAAAUAUAUUUAUUUUUUUAUUUACCAUACUAAUAAAAAAUAAUUAUUUAAUAAAAAAAACUAUAUCAUUAUUUAAACUCAGAAUAAAUGUUGUGCGCUAAAUUGAAUCUUAAUUAAAUAGGAUAAUUAUGUUUUUUAAAACCAUGAUACGUUGUUACAAAGUUAUGCCAACUGUUUAUUUUUUUAUAACCAUCUGACAAUGUCAGAAACGCAUUAUUUCGGAAGCCGCACUGUAUAUACGGUUUUAAUUGUAAAAAAAAUAUUAAUGUAAAUUAUUCUCUUGUACAUAGGUAAUUACGAGAUUAAAUCUGCAUUCUGAUUACAUUUACAAUUUCAUUAAUUGAUAAGUAUUUUUUUUUAUUAAUUAUGUAACAAAGCAAUAGUUCUGUAGUUAAUAGUUAAUAUUGUUGCAUUAUUUGUAAAAAAAAUGUAUAUUUUAUAUAAACAUUUAUGUGAAGUUUUUAAAUAGUCUUUUUUUUGUAAUUGUUAAACAGGUGAACAUGGAUUUGCCAAAUUAAUUUAAUGUUUUAAUUCUUCCAUUAAAGAAAGGGAUAAUUAUAUUUUGUAAAGAUGCCAACACGAUGAUAGGAGGUUGAUAUUAAUAAAAAGUGAAAAUAAAAAUAAUAAAUCAAUUUAAAA